GUCGCGACUCGCGAGUGAUGUCAUUGCAGCUUAAUUUAAAUGUGACGUAUCUUUUUUCCUAUUUUCACGCUGGAUUUGGUACAAGAUAGUUCAUAGUACAGUGUUUUUAAAUUUUAGUGAACGUACAUACAUUUGGGAGUCAUGUCGUACUACCAGAAUAGAAAUACCGGAUCCAUGGAGCCCCCGCCGCUAUCGAACAAGCUGAGGCUGUACCACGUGGACAUGAACCCCUACGGGCACCGGGUCCAGCUCAUAUUGGAGGCGAAGAGGGUCCAGUAUGAAGUGUACAAGCUCGAUCCCCUUAGGCUGCCGGAGUGGUUCAAGGCUAAGAACCCUAGAUUGAAAAUCCCCGUGCUGGAGAUACCCACGGAGAGCGGCGACAAGUUUCUGUUCGAGAGCGUCGUGAUCUGCGACUACCUGGACGAGAAGUACACGAGGAGGCCGCUGCACUCGCGAGACCCCUUCGUCAAGGCGCAGGACAGACUCCUCAUUGAGAGGUUCAAUGAGCUAAUCAAAGGCACAUUGGAAUGCUUCGACACGAAUUUUGCGUUCGGCGGUGAACAAAUUUUACAAACUGUCGAUAUAUUGGAGAAAGAGCUGGCCUCUAGAGGAACAAAUUACUUCGGUGGGGACACGCCGGGCAUGUUGGAUUACAUGAUAUGGCCGUGGGUGGAGAGGCUGUAUCUGCUACGUUGUAUCAACCAGGCUAAAUUUGAACAGAAGCGGGCCGUUUUCCCGAAUUUUGCUGACUGGGGUGAUCAAAUGCAGCUAGACCCGGCUGUAAAGAAGCUAUCACACGCACCCAUGGAGUAUUUGGAGUAUUACAAAAACGCCCGAACAAACUCCCUAGAGUUUUAUGUUUAAGUAGUCGACCAGUCUGUUCAUAUCCAGAACUCAUAAGCAAUUAAUGUUUUUACAAAAAUGAUGAAGUUACAGUGAUACUUACUAGUUACUACAAAAAUUUUAGAGACUGCACGUUUUUUAUCAUAAUAUUUUUUUUGUAAUAUCCGAAAAUGCGAAU